CUAAUUUCUCCAAGUCCAAAGACUCCUAUCAAACAAACAAAAAACUAUUGUUUCUUGCAACAAUUGCUUUCUUUUUUUUUUUCUUCAUCCCCAUCAAAAGUAUCCUCAUAGUGUUGACAUAAUGGUGUGCCAAGAAGAGCCAUUGGUGAACAAAAUUAAUGAAUUGUAUGAGAAAAUCUCAAGCCUUGAGAGUCUCAAACCUUCACAAGAUGUCAACAUGUUGUUCACACAACUUGUACAUACUUGUAUGCCUCCUAAUCCUAUUGAUGUCACAAAAUUAUGCAACCAAAUCCAAGAAAUGAGGUCUAAUUUAAUUAGACUUUGUGGUGAAGCUGAGGGACUUCUUGAAAAACAUUACUCAACAAUUUUAGCCUCAUUUGAUAAUCCGUUACACCAUCUUGAUAUUUUUCCUUAUUUUUCCAACUAUCUUAAGCUUAGCUUAUUGGAGUACAAUAUUUUGACCCAAAACUCUAUCCAUGUGCCCAAACGGGUCGCAUUUGUCGGGUCUGGCCCGCUCCCUCUCACAUCGAUCGUUCUUGCCCUAAACCACUUACACGAAACCCAAUUUGAUAACUAUGACAUUGAUCCGUCCGCUAACGAGAUGGCGGCCCGUUUGGUUGAGCCUGAUCCGGACUUGUCGUCCCGAAUGAAAUUCCACACUAAGGAUGUUAUGAGUGUGGGAAAAGAAGAACUUGAAGAGUAUGAUGUUGUUUUCUUAGCUGCCCUUGUUGGUAUGAACAAGGAGGAAAAGAUUAAGGUUAUACACCAUUUAGCUAAGAACAUGGCACCCGGUUCAACCCUAAUGGUUCGGAGUGCCCAUGGGGCUAGAGCUUUUUUGUACCCGGUUGUAGACCCGGAAAAUCUAUGUGGGUUUGAGGUCCUUUCGGUUUUUCAUCCAACGGAUGAGGUGAUCAAUUCGGUUGUGAUUGCAAGGAAAGCCGUUGAUUUAUCUUCUUCCAUUUACUCUAUUGAAUGGGAGCAAAACCAUACCCAUAACUUUUCUCCUAUGAGGUUGCAAAGUUGCAAGUGUUUGGAAAUUCAACCAUUUAACCCUUUAAAUCAUGGAAAUAUGAUUGGAGAAUUAGCUUCUAGUGGUCAUCAAUAAGCUCUUAAUAGUGUAACACAACACACUAGCUAGCUAAAUGAGCUCAAUUUAAUAAGCUUAUUCCUCCAUUUGUUGUUCUUGUUGCUGAAUUUCUUAGAAUAUAUAAUAUAUCAUGGGGCCUUAACCAUAAGAUUAAAUUUUUGGUUGAGUUGGUUCCUUGACCGUAUUAUCACUUUCUUUUCCACCAUCUCAAACAUAUCAUUGAUUAAUCCCCUCUUGUCUUUCUCCUUCAAAAAUCUUCAUCAAUUUUAUGCAAGGAAAUUGCAUGACCUAUUCAUAAUCGUUUUUGAUCCAACCCUAAUGUGUUUUUUCCAUUCAUCAUCCUCUUUUGUUUUUACUCACUUUUAUGUGGUUUAAUCGACUUUUAGUGGUAUAUAUUUUUAUACAUGUAUAUCACUACUUUUGUUAAGUUUUCUUCAUCUAUAGGGGAAAAAAGAUUUUCUCUUAUUUGAUGAUCGAUUAAAAAAAUAAAAUUAUAUGUAUCUAAUUAUUCAGGUCUGAAUAAUGUCUGAUAUGAAAUUAAAGGUGAAAAAAUUAUAUUUUAUUAAAUCAAAAAUUUUAACGGAGAAAUUCUAUCAGCACAUUUAUGAAGAUGGAUCUUAGUUAGGAUGUGUUGUUUGAAAAUUUUAAAUGAUUGGAAGUUAUUCUAGUUGUUUAUCUUGGAAAAGGUGUUGGUGUUGAUCUCAUUGUAGGUUGAAUCUAAUACUCAAUAAUUGGGAUGCAAGAUGUGACAAUUCUAAUGAAGAAGACAACAAUGAAGCUAAGGUGAAAGGUGAAGUUUUUACCAAAUGAUAUUUCUAGAAUUGAAGGAUUUUCUUUUGAUGUUUUCUAGUCAUUUCAAUUAGAUAUGAAAUUAUGUAUGUGUGGACUACAAAUAUUGCAUUGCUAUUAAUGUUGCUACAACUAGAGUUGUAUUUGUCACUACAAUAAGUAGCACCAUUUAAUUGAAUCAUGUCAAAUCAUGUUUACAUUUAUAUAUGUAUAUGUAUUAUAUUAUGUUAUUACUUCAAAUGAUUUUAUAUGUUUUGCCUAA